AUGAAAUCCAAGAAUUUAUGCGUUUUGUGGUCUCCUUACUUAUCCAUCCACCAUAAUUUUGGAAAUUAAAUGUUAAUUUAUAUAUAUAUUAUCUUGCGAAUAUAAAAUUUUAUUUCAUUUAGUUCUAAUUUAAAUCUCAAUCCUAGAGAUUUUCAAAAUAAAUAAUUAAAAAUGAAAUCAAAGUCAUAGAAAAAGCUCGUAUGUGUAGAACCAAUUGAUGAAGCAAAAACAUAAGAGCUGGUCGUUUAUUAUUGGAAUUAUGGAUGGGGGAAACAUAUGAAGAUCAAUAUUCAAAUAGAAGUUAGUUAAGAUAAUUAUAUAUUAUAUUAUAAAGAUGGAGCACUCUUAAAAAAGUAAUUUAUCAAUUAGUUCUAUAUAGGGAUGAGCAUAAACCACAAUAUGAGAUUAUUAAAAAUUGGUUUUAGAUCUAAAAUUUGCGUUUUAUUGGCGAUUACCAAAAUUUCAAAAAAUUUGGUAAAUGGAUUGCGAUUUUCGAUGGCAUUGAAUUAGGUGCUGGUUACUAUGAUAAUGGAUUAAAAAUAGGAUAAUGGAAAGAAUAGUGGAAUAAUUAUUCAAAGUAAAUUUUACUUUGUAUUUAAUAAAAGGUUAGCUUAAAAAAUUGAAAAAGGCUAAUAUUCUGAGAAUAUAAAGAUAGGAAAGUGGAAUUAUUUUUAUAACAACAAAUAGAUGUAUAAUAUUUACAAAUUAAUAGUGGUGGAGGAUUAUACGAUUAAGAAGGAGUCAAAAUUGGGAAAUGGAUUGAUACUAAUGAAAGAUUUCAAGAAUACUCAUAAGUUACUUAUGCUGGUGAAUAUAAAUUUGGUAAAAAAGUUGGGAUGUGGUAUAUAUGGAAAAGAUAACAUGGAAAUUCUUAAGAAAAUAGGAUUAUGUAGAUCAAUAUUUAAAAUUAGUGGCUGUGGAUUAUAUGUUGAAGGAAUUAAAACAGGAUUUUGGAUUGAGAUAAGUGAUGGAUAUUCGAGCCGCUCUGAAAUAACAUAUACAGGAAACUAUAAGAAUGGUUAAAAGGUUGGUAGGUGGGAUAUUUGGUUUAAUAACAACGAUAGUAUAUAAGGAAAUACUAAAAUGUAAUUAGACAUAUUAAUAAUUCAUAAUAUUUAGUGGUGGCGGAUUCUAUGAUGAAAGAGGUGGAGAACUGAAAAUGGGGUAAUGGGUUGAUGUAAGUGAUGGAUUUUCUACUAUAUCUUAAGUAACAUUCAAAGGUGAAUAUAAAAAUGGAAAGAAAUUUGGUAAAUGGGAUAUUUAUCAUGAAGAACAACAAAAUGAUAUAAUGUAAUUAUUUAUUUAUUAAAAAACCAUCUUAGUGGUGGUGGGUUAUAUGAUGAAGCAGGCCAAGGAAGUAAAAUUGGGAAAUGGAUUGAAAUUAGUGAUGGGUUUACUAGUUUUUCUAAAGUAACUUAUCAGGGUUAAUACUAAAAUGGCCAAAAAGUUGGUAAAUGGGAUAUUUGGCAUGACUACCAAGGAAAUGACUAGAUGUAACCAUUUAGAUUUAUAAUAAUGUAUUAUAUUAGUGGUGGAGGAUUAUAUGAUAAAACAGGCCAAGAGGUUAAAAUUGGGAAAUGGAUAGAAAUUAGCGAUGGAUUUGGGGAUUAUUCUUAAGUAACUUAUGAGGGUUAAUAUAAAAAUGGGAAAAAGUCUGGUAGGUGGAAUAUAUGGUUUAGUUAUUAAGGGAAACAUAAAAUGUAAUAAUCCAAUUAACAAUUACAAUUAGUGGUGGAGGAACUUAUGAUAAAGCAGGGAAAGAGCUUAAAGUCGGGGAAUGGAUAGAUGUCAGUGUUGAAUAUUCAUCAGAGGCUUAAGUGACCUACAAAGGGAAAUAUAACUAAGGAAUAAAAGUUGGUAUGUGGGAUAUUUUUUAUAAACAGGAUGGAUAUGAAUUUAAAACUAAAAAUGAAAAGAUGUAAUUAUAAUUAACUUAUUUUAAAUAAUUUCAAAGUGGGGGUGGAAAAUAUGAUAAAGAAGGCUAAGGAUUUAAAAUUGGAAAAUGGUUAGAUAUUAGUGAUGAAUUUAGAGAAGGAAAUGAAAUAUUGUAUUAAGGUGAAUAUCAAAGUGGCAUAAAAGUAGGCAAUUGGGAUACACUGUUAAAAUAAAGUAAUUCCAAAGAGUAAAAGGAAAAAAUGUAAUUAAAUAUAUUUAUUCUCAUAACUUCAAUUUAGAGGUGGAGGAUAGUAUGAAGAGAUUCAAGGAUGUAAAAUUGGGUAAUGGGUUGAAAUUUGUGAUGAAUAUUGGUUGCAUAAAGUAACUUAUAAGGGCGAAUAUAGAAAUGGGAAAAAAAUCGGUAAGUGGAUGAAAAUUGAGAUAAAUAAAAAAAACUAUAAGAAAGAAGAAAGAGAAGUUCAGUAUGAUAAAUGAAUAUUAUCAAUAAUAUAAAAC